AUGAAAUCAUACUUAUUUGUUGUUUUCCUUAUACUUUUAAAAGUUUGUUUUUGUUUUAUCAUUAAAAAAAACAAAAUCAAAGUUUAUAAAAAGCAUUUUAUUGGGGGAAAUUCAAAAAGAAAAAAAGGAAUUUAUUGUAAUAGGAUUAACUUAGUUAAAAAUGAAGUAAAUAAAGGUUGUGUAGAUGAAAAUAUCAAAAAAAAUGAAGAAAAUAAUUAUGAAGAAAAAAGUAAAAAAUUUUUAAAUGCAAUUAAAGAAAAUGAUUAUAAUGAUUUAUAUUUGUAUCAUAUAUUUAAAAAGGUUAAAAUAAUUAAAAAAGAAAAAUAUAUAUAUAAUCCAACAAAGUAUGAAUCGAUUAGAUCAUAUAUAAAAAGAGAAUUAAAAGAUUGUUUAGACAUAAACACUUCUUCCUAUAUUUUUAAAAUUUCAGAAUUUUAUUCAAAGAGUAUAAUAGAUGUUUCAGUUUAUGUUAAUGAAAUUAUAAGUAUUCUUAGUUUUUUUACAUUCAAUAGUACAUAUAAUUUGCAGUAUAAUGAAAAUAAAAAUAUUUCUUUAAAUAAUGCAAAUGAUAACAAUUAUAAUAAUGACGAUUCUUUAAAAGAUAACAAUUCUUAUAUUAAGGGAAAUUCUAGAAAUCAAAAUAAAAUGGAAAAUUUCAAUGAUUCUACAAAGGAUAUAUAUAAAAAAGAAGCAAAUGAUGAUUCUAAUAAUACUAUUAAAAAUGAAAUUAAUCUUCAUGAAGAGUUAGGUAAUGAUGAGAGUGAAAAUAAAAAUUUUUCUAAUCAAUCAAUUGAAAAAUCAAAAAAUAUAUUCUCUAAUAAUGGAGCAUCUAAUUUAUAUGAUGAAGAAAAAAUAAAGAACUUACAAGAAAAUUUUAAUGAAGAAGAUGAAAACAUAUUUAAAAAAUUAAAUGAAGCUCAAUCAAAAACAAGAAUAAAUAAAUUAAUAAACAGAGAUGAAAAAUAUAAGUCUUUUUGUUUCUAUUUUUUUCGAUUAGUUGAUUCUAUUAGUGGUCUUUUUUGUUGUUUAGGGAAGAGAAGAAAAAGAGAAGAAAUAUAUAGUUUUUUGCAAAAUUUAAAAUUAAUAGAAAAAGUGAAAAAUUAUAAUAUAAAUGAUAUAAGUUUUAGUAGUGAUUUUAUGAUUUAUAUAAUUAGAUUAACGAAAUACAAAGAUAUUAAUUUUAUUUGUUCAUUAAAAAAGUUAAAAACAUAUAAAUUAGAAGAAAUUAAAAAAAUUUUUCUUAAUUGCCUACAUGAUAACAUUUUAGAUAUUAGUUAUUUAAAAAAUUUGGAAUAUGAGUUUAUAAAAAAAGAACAAAAAAAAAAAGAAUUUGCAAACAAAAUUAUUUUGAAUACCGAAGAAUUUUAUAAAAAUCUAAAUAACAAAAACAGUAAAAACAUUAGUUAUGAUAAAUUAAAUGAAUUGGAAGAAAACUAUAAUAAUUUAUUAAAUAAGUAUUCUAAAGAAAAAGCAAUGAAAACUAAUUUAUACUACAAUGAAAACGAUUUAAAAAAUAUAAUAACUGAUAUUCUAAGUAAAAAUGUAUUUAUUAAAAAAAAAAAAAAUAAUAAUAAGAGUAAAAAAGGAAAUUUGUUUUCAAUUAACAUAUAUGAAAUAGAGAAAGAACGCUUAUAUGAAAUAUUAGAGAAAUACAAUGUAAAAGUAAAUAAUAUUAAUAGUUUAUUAAAUAAAAUGAACAAUUUACUUGAAUCUUAUGAUAUUAAUAUAAACAUUCAAUUAAAAUUAAAUAAUAACACUAUACAAGAACAAAAUGAUAAACAUGAUAACAGAGAUUAUUCAAAAAUAAAUAAUGAUGUACAAGAAGAUAAAGAUAAUAACUUGAAACAAAAGGAAAAUGAAAAAUAUAGAAAAGAAGAAUUAUUAACUAGUGAAGUAGUUGAUUUUAGUGAUAUUUCUUUAUCAAAAAUUAAAGAUUACGUUUCUUAUAAAAAAAAGGAAAUAGAAAAUAUGAAAAAUGCUACCGAAAAAAAAGAAAACGAAAAUGAAAAUGAAGAAUUUAUUUUAAAAUAUUUUGACGUAACAUCAAAGCAAGAUUCAUUAGUUUUUGAAUUCAACAAGUCAUUUUUAAAUGAGCAAGAAUCUUUAACAAAAAAUUACAAUUUUAAUUAUGAAAAAUUAAAUCAAGAAAUAUUAGUUGGCUCGGAAGAAACGAAAGAAAUAAACAACAAUUUUAGUUAUAAUUGUCAAGAUGUAGAAAAUUUAUUAGAUAAAAAUAUAAAUGAAAACUCAGUUGAGAGUUUUGAUGAAAAUUUAGUUAAGAAUUCUGAUGAAAACUCAGUUGAUAAUUUUGAUAACUUAGUUAAGAAUUUUGAUGAAAAUUUAGUUGAGAAUUUUGAUGAAAACUCAGUUGAGAAUUUUGAUGAAAAUUUAGUUAAGAAUUCUGAUGAAAACUCAGUUGAUAAUUUUGAUGAUAACUUAGUUAAGAAUUCUGAUGAAAAUUUAGUUGAGAAUUUUGAUGAUAACUUAGUUAAGAAUUCCGAUGAAAAUUUAGUUGAGAAUUUUGAUGAUAGAUCAGUUAAGAAUUUUGAUGAAAAUUCAGUUGAUAAUUUUGAUGAAAAUUUAGUUAAAAAUGUUGAUGACAACUUAGUUAAGAAUUCUAAUGAAAACUCAGUUGAGAAUUUUGACGAAAAUUUAGUUGAAAAUUUUUAUGAAAACUUAGUUGAUAAUUCUGACGAAAAUUUAGAUAUGAAUUUACAUGGAUUAAAUAAAGAUGAUGAUGAAGAUUUAGAUAAAUCUUGUAAGAAUGGUAAAAAAAGCAAAAGUAAAAUAAAUAAAGGUAAUAGUGAAAUAGAAAAAUUAAAGCUUUAUUUUAAUCGAAAAGAAGAGAAAACAUGUAAAUACAAUUUUGAGAAUAUUUUUGCUGAUAGUUUUGAGAAAAAGAUGGAAAUCUUAUUAUUUAUUCUAAAAAAUGAAAGUAAGAAAAAAGUUAUUGUAUGUAUAGAUGAAGAAGAGAGAAAUUUGGUUAAAAUAAAAUGUAAAAUUGAAAAAUUAGAGUAUGAUCAUAUGUUAAGUGCCUCAAAAAAUGUAAAACAUUUCUUAAAUAAAGAAAAAUCAUAUAACAAUUCAUGCUUUAUUUAUAUGAAUGAAAUAGAAAACACAUUAGAAUUAAGAAAAAUAGUUAGUAAUUUAUCAGAAAAAAAUGAUAAUAAUGAGAUAAGUUUUUAUCAUUUUGCUGAUAAUAUUCAAAAAGCUGCAGUUUUUAAAAAACUUUUUUAUUCUAUCACAAAUAAUGAAGAUAAUUAUUUAUUUUAUCUUAAAGCUAAAGAUAAUAAGAAAAAAAAAGUUGAUAAUAAGGUUUUAUUUAGCAACAAAAAUAGUGUAAAUAACAAAAAAACGAAGGAUGAUAUAUAUUUUCCAUACAAUAAAAGAAUAAAAAAAAAAAAACUAUCUAAAAGUGAAGAAAAAUGGAUAUCAUUUAGGAGAAGAACAUUGAAAAAAAUUGAUGAAAUGAAAAAAAAAGCAGAAUUAAUAAAAAAAAAAAAAGCAGAAAAAAGAGAUAUGAAAAUAAAAAAAAUUGUUGCAAAGUUAAAAUCUAAAAAAAGGAUAUUAAAAUAA